GCAGGCAGUGCACUGAACAGUUCCUGAGUGCAAUCCCUGCUCUGUCCUCAUUUCCCAUAAAGCAGCUGUAGUUUGUCAUGGGUAUUCUCAGGCUCUAGGGAAGCAAGUUAGUUCAACCAGGCACCACAUCCAGCUGCUCAGACUUCAGGAAAACCAUUCAGCAGACUUCAAGAGAGAUUAAUCAAAUGGCCUGGCUGUAAAAACCUUACCCAGAGUAGCAGUUUGCAGCGGCCAUUUCAAAGAAACCAUCACAAAGACAAGAGAAAGACCAGGGAAGCAGCCAUUCCCAAGAUGCUGGCAUCCUGCCUUCUGAGAAGAGCCGUCCUUACAGCUCCUUUAGUUUUUGUGGUUGCCCUGCUGGUGGUGGAGCCUGUUAGAGCUGACCAAGAAGCAGGAACAGCCAUUCCAGCUGAAAGCCGCCCCUGUGUCGAUUGCCAUGCCUUUGAGUUCAUGCAGAGAGCUCUGCAGGAUUUAAAGAAGACAGCAUAUAAUCUAGACACGAGGACAGAAACUCUGCUUCUUCAGGUGGAAAAGAGAAAUCUGUGUGACUGUGUAUCUGCCAAUCUACUGAACUGAAUCCUGGAGACACCUGAGGAGAGUCAGCGGUCCAGCGGUUUUUAAAAUGCAGCUGUAUAAAAUACAGCUUUAUGGAGCUCACAUUGCAAGCAUGUAUGCCCCAAUGUACCAGUGAGAUUGGGGCCCUGUCUCUGAUGUAUUUGUCUGUUCUGUAUCUUUUUUAAAAAGUACCCUCUUCUCCCAUCUGCUGGAUUGCCAGUGAAGGCUCAAUUCACUAAAAUCUGUUACUGGAUAUUAGGGUGGGGGGGGAAAUGUACCUGCUUUGAUUUUUAAAUCAGAACUUGCCGAGUGUAACCCCCAAGAUAAUAUUGGAGAUCAGUGCCCUAGAGACAUGUGCAGCUGGUUUUUGUCUCUAAUAUGAACGUAUGUCUGUGGCAACUUACCCAGUUACAUUGAGACAUGACAUUGUGGUCUCUGUAGGCUUUGCCUGUGUAUUAAAAAUGAUGAAGUCCUUUCU